CGCCUCACCGGCUUUGCUUGCGGUGGUGAACAGGUUCUGAACGUUGUCAACAUCACAACAUGUUACAUUUACAUUACAAUCAGAUAAUAUUUUACGAAUCAUGGAAUUAGAACAAAUACAUAUUUUAACAAUGUGUCCAUUAAUUGCAUCCCGAUUUGCAAUUCAGUGAGUAGAGGACAGACACAUAUCUGUUUUUACACAGAUUGAUGAUGUUUGAGGUUUUUGUAAUGAGUAUGUAACGUCCAUAGAUGAAAGGAAUGAUUUUGAUGUAUUUUAAGUGAAAACCUAUUUUAUAAAUAAUGGAAGUAGAGGAAAUAUAUAAUUUGACGAUAUCGCCAUUAAUUGCAUCCCGAUUUGCAAUUCAGUGGUCAGAGGAUGAUCACAUAUCCGUUCUUACAGAGAGAGGAGCUCAUAUACUUGAGUUUGUACCUUCUCCGAUGUCUUUUCAAUCAACGUUGAAGUUCUCCAAAUCAUUUAUUUACACGCCUUUAACACUACCAACGGAAUCUUUCUAUACCAAGCUAAAAUCAAAAAUUUGGAGCUUGGAUCCUGAAGCAUUUCAUUCGUUACUGAUGGAGGAAUCUCUAACACCAAAAAUGCCUAAUAUGAAAGAGAUGGUGCCGAGAAUAAUUGAUCUGGCAUGGUCACCGCACGGUUUGAUAGAUCCAAGAAAAUGUCUCAUUGCGAUUUUAACUUCGACGGGGGCAGUUACGAUUGCGUUCAAAGUAUCCAAGGAGUGGUACACCGCGUUCGAUUUAUCUGCCAUACGUUGUAGAAUCACGGAUCAAGAAAUGAAUACGAGAUCAAAGAACAAUAAAUACAGCUCGAUGUUGGCUAGAAUAAGAAGUAGCUUGAAAUGGUUACAAGCUUCUUCUUUCGCUUGGAGCAAACUUUUCUCCGAUUUCGCCUACUUCGCCGUUGCAUAUCGUAGCGGGGAUAUAAUUAUUUAUCGAAUCCCGAGCGUUACUGAUUACAUCGAAAUCCCUGAUCCCAAUAUCGUGGGCACGGUAACAUUGAACGAUCAAGUAAGGAUAAACGUUCUGCAUUGGAUCACGAUCGACGCGGAGGAGCAUCUGAUCAUUGUCGGAUAUUUUGACGGACGUAUUUACGGACUUACGAUUAGUGUCAGGGAUCAGAACUUCGAACUCGAAUCUAUUGAGAAAUAUUAUGUUCACGCAGAUCGUAUUCCUGUCGGAGCUAUAAGAACACUGUCCGAGGAUGAAUCGAAUAAAAAGAUUCUCGUUGCGAAGGGCAGCUUUUUAUUUCUACUGCGUCUCACGACGCACGGCACUCUGGAAAGUAUGCAACAUUUGCAAUUGGAAGGUUUCACGAUUUCAGGAAUGAUUUGUAUAAGCAAAGAUUGCGCGUUGGUCACCACCGAGAACGGUUGCAUGUUCAUGGUGAACGCGGAAGGUGACCAGUUUUCAACAACGAAGCUGGACAACAAAUCGUCGCAAGCUAAUUUACGGCAUUUGGGCCUGGCGCGUUCACCGAAUUCUGUGAUUUUAAUAAACGUGACUGUACCGGCCACUACGUACGAUCAUUUGUCAGUGAAAGAACCGAGCAAAAUGCAAGUAUUCGUUUUAAAAAACGAAGAGUGGAAUCCUUUAUCUCUUCUAACGAGGCUCAAGAAUGAGAGGUUCAAGCAUGCGUGGGACUGUUUAGAAGUGCUCAGGAUUAGAGCGACACGGGUAUCGGACCCGCAAGAAGUAUUACCGAAGCUACCCUCGAAUUUGAAGUCUCUAACUCUACACGAGCUACGAAUCGCUAUGUGGACCUCGAUGAUGAUAGAGAUAUGUGAUAAGAAAAAGAUAAUCCAGGGAAUAGGGAGUAUCGUCGGAGAAAUAUCCGACGCUCAACCGUUGAUAUUUCUCUACACUGCCUGCGAUUAUCUCGCUAUCCUGGAACGUAAAGCGUUUAUAUCCACAGAACAGACACUUUCUGUUAGUUUAUUAAAACAUCACUUGAACACGUAUUUAGCUAAAAAUAAUGACGAUUCUCAGCUUUCGAAUCUUGUUAGAACUACUUUAAGUAAACUAUCCCGAUUCGAUUCUAGUCACAAAGAGACUUGCAAUUUAUGCGGAAUAACGAUAGAAAGUCCGUCCUGGAAAGUGACCAUGUGCUCGCAAGGUCAUUUAUUGCCCAGAUGCGCGAUCACUCUUUUGCAAAUAACUAUGAUGAAUUAUAAAAAGUGCCCAAUAUGUGGUUUAAUAUUUCAUCACUGUUUGGAGGAUGUAUAUGGAGAAACGAGAUGCCUCUAUUGCGAUGUACCCGCGUUGGAAGAUAAUAGGCUUAUAGGUUCAAGAUCUGUACCUGUAGAUAAAAGUUUGUCAAAACCGCGGGGUAAUAAUCUGGAGAGUAUAGGUGAUCAGGAGACGAAGGCAGCAAUGGAUGAAACCUGUUAAUUCAUAUAAUUUAAUGUAAAUUUCGCAAGAACAAAUAAAAUAAGCUCUUCUCAUUUUUAUGAAAUUUU